AAAAAUAGGUCUAAGGGAAAUCACUACCUUCAGCAUAAUGGAUUAAUACUUUAUUGCUCGGCAGUGACGGGCCAGACUUUCCUUGAUACGUCAGUCACGCGAUCAUGAUGACGUUUUCUACUUCUUGAUUCUAAGGACAAUUCGUGCAGCUUACCAGUCACCAGACGAUGAGGUCUACUUCCACUUUAUUCUUCUAAGAAUCAUUCAUUCCUGAAGUGUAACGAAAAAUGGCAAUCGUUUGUCGAAGUUUGGACGAUGUCCAAUUCGAUUUCGAGGCAGAGCUGUUCUGCAAGGAUGCGGACCGCGGUCACCACCAGCGGAGAAGAGAUGCGCAUGCUGUAGUGUGCAGGCAUUGGUUACGAAACCUCUGCAUGAAAGGAGAACAUGCGUGCCCCUAUCUUUAUGUUCCACAAAUAACUCGAGCUCGAACACUAACUGUCUGUCUGGAGUGUUACGACAAUCCUCAGUUCGUAUGGAGUACCUACUAUAGAAAAUUGAAAUAUGAAGAACUACAACUAGGGUACUACUUAAAUUUUAUAACUUUCAAAUACGAAGAACUACAACUAGAGUACUGAAUUUGAUUUUAAAAAGUAACAUUUUCCAUUGAUUCAGGAAGAUUGAUUGGAUUUCGAUUGAAUAUACUUUGGAGAGUAUUUCAUUCGACUUAUUGAUAGGGCCUCUACACGAAUUGGCUUACUAUCGUGUGAUUCAGAAGAUUGUUACGACAGUGUUUGGAAGAUUCAGAAGACAGUGUUUGUGGUUCCAUUAGACCCCUUUCUAAUACCAACAUUAUUACGACCCGAACCGCAUGCCAGAGUGCCAGACGUGGCUACGGCAUGGCAAGUGCACAGACCCAGACUGCAUUUAUAGGCAUACGAAAGACGAGUCAAGACCAGACUGCGAGAUGUACAAAUAUGGGUUUUGCAAAUUGGGCAACGCUUGUCGUCUCCGUCACGAACGCAAACCAAGACGCGAGCUGCCGGAAAUUUGCUCUGACUACUUCUUGGAGUGCAUCAUUAUGAGAACUAUUUCCCCUUAAAUACAAUAGUAAGUACAAUUAUGAGAAAAUUAUUUGAACUGUAUGCUAUUGGAUUGCGUCGAGGACUGUGUUUUGUUUCAUGAUACCCGAACAAGAGGCUGGCUCACUAGCAGAUAAUGCUUUUGGAUGGGAAAUGUGUAACCAUGAUUAAUUCCUGAAGUCUAUUUAUUGGUAGUGAGAAUGCGAAUAAACAUGAUCGAGGUAGAAGUAAGAUUGUAGAAUAAGAAGGCUGGAUCUCACUUCUUCAUAUGCUUUGCGGAAAACGUGCAGUUAAUUCCGAAACUUGAGUUGGCGAAACCAGUAGUAGAGGCAGAGCCGGAGAAGCCUCCUGAGGUGAUCAGUCCUGCGCGAGCACUUGUGAACCUGCCAGAGCCGGUGGAAGGAAAAAUCAAAUUCGUUUUCAUCAAGUCUGCAAGCCGUGCAAAUUUGGAUAUCAGUACUGGGCUACUUAUUUUGGUUUCGAAAGUUUUGCUAGGCUCACACAGUCUAAUAAUGUGGGAUUGGCUUCCCUCGCUGGAGCACCUCCUGGGGCGGCCUCUUAGGUAUGCAGAUCCCAUCCCUACGGAGACGAGACGGGGCGCGGGGUGGUCGAGGAGGGAGCGUCCUCGCGUCAGGGGCGAAGUGGUGGGUAUUACGGCGCCCCGCCUGUUGGGGUUUUCAUAUUUUGGCGCCUGGCUCGGUGGUGGCGAGCUUCGCCACCAUUGAAACGGCACCCAGCCGCGGCCUCGUUUGGGUGUCAUGCGUAGCAGGUUUGCGAGCACACGAGAAGCAACGCAAACCACACGGGGGGCGCCUCUGGAUUUUAGGUAACUAGUUCGAAGCAAGCAGGCCGAGGCAAAGGCAGACGUGAGGCAGCUGCGAGGUGCAAAAGUGAAGGGGAGGGAACGAAGGAGAAGCGGCGCCGCGGGCUUGCUUUAGUGUGGUGCACAAACCGCACGAAGAACGCGACGGGCAGGCCCGGAGAGUGGGGCACGCGCUAACGCUUGGCGAGAAGUUGAGGGGGUGAGCUACCUCAGCAACCUGUGAAAGAAUGAAAAAGCAACACACACAAGAGAACAAAGGAAAGCAAGCACAAAGGCCGCGAAGACGUCAAGCCCGGCGUGGCCCCUUCUGGCAUCGUCAGGCCAGUAGAGCCCCGCGAGCUUCUCCAAAAGUAGGCCAACGCCUGCCGCCUCAUUCCGUGGCGCGCCGCUUCUGGUAGCUGUUGGCCGCCAGUGUCUUCGAAACCAGGACCGGCGGCGCCCCUGCCCUUUUGCUAAGUAACUUGGCAGCCCCUGCCUAUGCAUGGCCAAGCCGAGUCGCUGCAUUGGGGGCAAGUCGUCCGGCGCUCCGUGAAUCUUCCGAAAGGAGACACCGACGCCGCUCGUUUCGAGGAGCUUCACCUUACUCCUGUAGGCAGGCUCCACUUUGAGAAGCGUCCACCUGGUCGACACAAUUCGCCACCAUCUCUGACGAGGUGGAUCCUUUGUGUUGCCCAACUGGCCUGGAGUUCCAAAGUCCUCCGCAGCUUCUCGCGCUACUCGAUUGGCUGGAGCCUUAGGCAGUGACCUGAGUAGCCCAGUUACUUAGGUGCGCCGCGUCUGCUGUCGUCACGCGGCUCGCGAAGGUCUUCGCUUUCGGGUCGCGGUAGUGCAGGCUGAUGAACUGAAGAGGCUGAAGUGUCUUCGUGCAGAACAAACGAAACGCCUCAGAACCAUAGCCGAAGCACUUCCCGCAGAUAGUUGGCCCCUCUCUCUGUGCAUUCUUGUCGCCGCGCAAUGUACCCGGGCCCCGACCCUGCUGCCCCCCGCGGCCGAAAUUAAUGCGCGGCGGAUCCCCCAGAGUGCACGCGACUACACCAAGCGUGACAGCUUCGCUGACCCUCACACAGCGCCGAGCUUCCCGCGUGCGCGCGGAGAUUUUCGCAAGCAGAACGGGAGGAGCGCAUUGCCGCUGUCGCAUUGGUGACCGGCUGCAGCGAAAAGCUGACGGCCUCGCCGCGGUCUCUAAAGAUGCGUCGGCGAGAAGCGGGCCGGAGGGCGCAGCUGGGCAAGACUGUGCCUGUCGAGGUGCUUGCGUCUCGUAUGUCGGCGCUGAACAACGGCGGCGACCGCCUUGGGGUGGCGUGCGAGCCACUCAGCCCCGCUCGCUGGCUUUGGUUGGGGCGUGUCCUUACUUGUUGUCUUUCUAUUCUCCAUGAGGAGCUGCUUCCAGCCGCAAAAUCGCAAAGCCACUAGGUGUUGCAGCCAGUCGCAGCCGCAAAAUCGCAAAGCCACUAGGUGCAGCAGUCCGCUGCGAACGCAAGGCCGCAGUUGCAAAAUCGCAAAGCCACAAGCGCAGCCGCAAAAUCGAAAGGCUGCUAGAGGUCGCAGCCCGCCACUGGCCGGCAAGAAAAAACGCGCCCAGCCUACUGCGGGCUCCUUCCUCACGGUCCUCUUUGCCUCUCCCUUUUGGUUUUCCUCCUUCGCUCACCCCAUAAGACUUGGGAUGGGCAUGGAGCUGCUCGGUAGCUUCUAUGCCUUGGACAGCCAGGCAAGGCAGCUGUGAACCCUCGGGAGCUCCUAGCAUCCAUGACUAAAUAGCGGAGCGCGUUUUCAUUGCCUCCCUCGUGAUGGUAGAUAUCCUCUGAAUUAACUUGAACUAACUUGAAGGUAUUGCGAAGGCAGUGUGGGCUACAACGCCUGGCAACAGCGAGUAUCUCGAGCGGACUUUCCGAUUUUUUGACCAUGUCAUCUUGAUAAUGACGUGUAAAGAAACGAAGCGGUUACUGGGGUACGCCAAGAUGCUCUCCAUAUCCGAUAGUGGGCUUUUUCAGGGCAUCUGGGGCCCUUUGGGAGCGAAAUUAGGCAACAACUUCCGAGUUCACUGGCUGAAGAUGUGCAAUCUGCCUUACGAAGCGUUUGACGGAUUGCGAAUGACGGAUCCGAAUGUCGGGUAUUCAGUUUGUUCUUCCAACUUCAAGUACAGGGAUAGUAAUGUUAAAAACUUCAUCUUCAUUUUACCUGUAGUUUGUGCAGUUCCUUUUUGUCACAUCCUACAAUGAGUACGUAGCAGUUUAUUUUUUCAGGUUCCCGAGAUAGGGUGGCAAUGGGCUCUUUCUCUGACUAACAUGUAGACCUUCUCAAGCUUGGAAGAAACACAAUUGAAGAAGUGAUCAGACACAACUCAGACAGGAGCAACUAAGGAAGCAUUCAACAUUACACCAGCGUGGUUCCGUUCCACAAGUUUCGAGACGGGAUGACGUUAACGGACGAUAUUGGUGAGUUGCUGUGCGGAAGACUGACGCAGGAGCCCGAUGUAGACCAUCUUGUUGGCACCGAGUUUGCAAGGGAGCCACGCAUUGCCUAUGACCCAGAAGAGUGGCGUCGAGCACGACUACAACUUCUAGGCGCCUCCACUACUGGCCCUGUUGUUGGUGCUGGACAGGGAGCCGGAACGUCAAACGGCACUACAGGAGGACAGCGAGUGCCAUCAAAGGACGGACGCGUUGGAGGAGAUAUUAGUGGAAACGCCGCUGCACCUGGUGGGCCUACAAGCUACAAUGUCUUCAACGGACAGCCAGAGCGAGAAGUAGUAAAAACAGGGACCUUCGAAACCAGUCCAUUUGACCAGGGACAUCAAUCAAGGACGUCGACAAAGCAAAGUAACAACGCAGCGGCAGCUUCUGUUAAGGCUUCCCCUAAUUCAUCUUGCGAAGCAUCCUGAGGAGGCCCCUCAAGUUGAGAGGAGGCCAGGAUGAGGCUAAAGAUGGAUUCGGGAGAGCUCUCUAAUUCUUGUGGAGGGCAAGCUUCUGGACCCGCUGGUGGGGGUGCUGCAUCUUCUAAUAUGGGAGGUGGAUCUAUUGGAGCACAUGGAGGACCCUCUAGUGGCAUGAUGAACAAUAUGAAGAAUCCUAAUUAUCCAUCGAACAGCAUCAUGAGUAAUAUGCCUGGUUCUUCAACAACAGGAGCACCGAUUGUGACAAAGGGAGAUCUUCCACAUGGUAAGCAGGGAGAUAAAGGCAAAGGAGGAGAUCACCACGGGAAAGGAGACCUGCAGCAUGGUAACAACAAGGGAGGAUCCUCAUCGUCAACACGCGGCGGAGGCGUCUGGAAGCCACCGGGAAGUGGAGUCUGGAAGCCACCUGGGAUCAAGACGGAGCCAUCAGCAACCCCACCACCCUCGGCGACUCCACCGCCACCACCCCCACCGCCUCCUCCAGCACCUAAAGGAGGAGUUUGGAAGCCACCAGGAGCACCGCAAGGACCGGGCCCGGCUGCGGUAUUCUUGUUUAAAAACCUUCAGUAUCGUUAGUUUUUUCAUCUCAACGCUCCUCAUGGUGUUAUUGUAUUCUGAAGCUACUUCAAAGAACGUACUCAUCUAGUUGUGAUAGUAACAUUAUAUAUAAGAAUUCGUUCCACUCAACACAUUAAAUCACGCUCAACCGGCUCGCCAUCCAGGAUACCAACUACUUUUUACAAAACAGCACGUUCCCCCAGCACAGCGGGCUCCGCCUGGAGGCGUGUGGCGACCACCAGGGGCUCCAGGACCUGGGCCUGGACCAGUUCCGCCUCAGGGUUAUGCACCAGUGAUGCGUGAUAAGGGUGGGCCACCACACAAGGGCGGGGGGCCCUACGGAGCACCGCCGUUCGGUGGUGGCAAGAUGAAUGGAGGAAAAAUGAAAGGAGGAAAGAAGUUCUGAGUUGCGCUGACUCGUACUGAUGAUAAACGAUCCCGACUGCUCUCCUGACGAAGAUUCUUAGAUGAGUACCAUCUCUCCUGCCUUCCUGACGAACACAACUACUUCCUACAACCUGCGUAUCUAGAUUCCCAUGUAUUCAAUACCCCACGACUCCCAUCUAUUCAUUUCCACAUCUACCCCAUGAGCUUCACCCGCAUGGGCCUCGCACUUCGUUGAAGGAAACUAAAGAUGAAGAAGAACGCACAAGAUUUUUCGGACCACAUGCUCCUUCUUUGUGUAAAUAUCCUUGUUGUUCAUAACACUUACACUUGUUGUUCAUGACAGACAGAAUCGACCACACGAAAACGCUUAUCCGAUUUGAUCUCUUUGCUCCUCAAAAGAGCUUUCCUCG